GUAGAAUCAAAGAUUGGUUUCUCUUGCUUCUAAUUCUUCACCGAAAAUCUUUUCAAUGACUAUUAAGAAGUUUAUGAGUUUGAAAGAAGGAUGUGAUUAUUUAGAAAAGGGUAUCACAAAGCUUUAUGACAUUGUAGAUGGCUUUCCCGAACCUAACUUCACUCCUUACCACCACAUCAUGCUUUAUACGACCGUCUACAAUAUGUGUUACCGAAUACCUCCUUACAACUAUGUUCCUUACAACUAUGCUCAACAACUACUAAACAAGUAUAAGGAAGCAUGUGAAAAAUAUAUUAAAUCAAGGGUUCUGCCAUCUUUGCGAGAGAAGAAAGAUGAAGUUUUGUUGAGAGAAGUGCUAAGAAGAUGGUCAAUUUACAAAACUAUGGCCAAACGCCUCUCCCACUUUUUUUUUAGUCUUCAAAGAAAACUUUCUUGUUCUCUUCAACAAUUCAGCUUCAUAUCCUUUUACCAUCUGGUAUAUCAAGAGAUGAAUAAGGAAAUAAUGGAUGCUAUGUUUUCUAUGAUUGAUAGGAAACUUGCAGGAGAACAGAUUGAUCAAAAUUUUGUUUACAACACAUUUGGUUUCUACUUAGAGUUUGAUGAAUACACAAGAAAAAACAAGCCAGAGUUAUUGCAGGAAAAGAAAAUGAAUCCCAGUCCAGAAGCUUUAUCAAAGAAAAUCAAGCUGGUAAGUUCUGAUGAGGAUGUUUUUGAAGUGGAGUGCAGUGUGGCACUUAUGUCAAAAAAAAUUGAGGAGAUAAUUGAGACCAUUCCUGUUGGUGAUGAUGUUAAUACCAUUCCUAUUGCUUUGAGUACCAAAAUGUUAACUAUGUUCAUUGAAUACUGUGAGAAGCACAACAGUGUGCCCAAAUAUGUUGAUCUCAAGAACUGGGAUGCUCAAUUUGUGGAUGUCGACCGUGAAACUCUGUUUGAUCUUCAAACUUCUGCAGGGUACAUGAGAAUUGAUAGUCUGCUUAAGCUGGCAUGGGAUAAAAUAGAUAGCAUGAUAAAAGACAAGACACCAGAGGAAAUUGCUCAGUUCUAUGUCAGUUGAAUUUUGCUUGAAACUCAUGUUACAGGAAGAGAACAAGGAGCAUAGUGUCUAGAUUUUUAGCUAAAGUUGUGCCUCCAAUUUAUUCAUCUUUAGUUUUCCAUUUCAAAUUUAAUGCCUCGAAUUUAUAUUAUUUUAUUUGUUUGUGGUGUAUGGGUUUGUUAAUUGACAGUUUGGCACCAAUUUACUUUAAGUUAAAAAAAAAAUAUAGUCUUGUUAAUCCCUUUA